CAACUCCAGCCAGCGACCAGUCAACGACCAGCCUUCUCUCCCUGCAAAGUCUUGCCGCGGUACCCCUUCUCAGCGUGGAUGGACUCGCCUGACGCAAGCGCAGAUGGAACUGUCUCCAAGGACUCGGUCCAUAUAGUCCCGUCAGUCUAGUCUUCUGGCGCCGACCCGUAUGGCGGCCGAGCUAUAUUUCAUCUCUUGGACCACCCGCAUCCUAUAAUACACACAACAUCCAGUCAGGAUCUCUAGCAUCUCUCACCAUACCUACUGAGCAGGCUCGGGCUUGACGCGUUGAAGAAUUUUCGACCAGGACAACAGAGACGAGGUAUCGAGGCAAACAUUUUUUGAUCAGCGACCUAUUGUCAGUCCUUGCAGCCGGUCAGCAAGUGGCAGACGAGCCUCGAGACUUUGUCUGUCACCUGUUCAGCGUACGAUUGCCCAAUGACGAACGAGGUUUUAUCAUAUGCGCCUAUUCAACUGAGCGAUUCGGCGUUGAAGGCCAUCAAUGAUUCCGGCAUGGCGGUAGCGGCAAUCUCAUUAGCGGUUGGCGUCUUUAUGCUUCUCAUCAUCGCCAUACAGUAUUAUCGGUUUCCGAAGCAAGUACUAAAGUUAUGCUCAAGCGGUCCGACGAUGCUUCUUUAUGCAAGUCUCGUGGCGUCGAUUCCCUUUUCUGUGUUCUGGAUAGUCUCGUGCAGUCCGGCAGCAUCGAAUAAAGUUGCUUGCGAGAUAUCCAUGUGGGCAAUCGUCUUCUUUCUGAAUCUCAUCAUUGGAUUCUUGACCGUCAUGCUGCUAUUAUGCGCAUUUCUCCUCUCACCCUGGCCCAAGCUUGCUGGAUGCUAUUACAGGAAUUGGUACCUUUGCUUCUUCUUCUUCCUCUCUCUCGGACUCAGUCUUGUCGGAAUCUUUACGGGCACUUUCGGAUACUUGGUUGAUCAAGACACUUGCUGGGUCAUUGCAACCAAGACCUACGACACUGAAUUGGAAGAGACGCGUGCAAAAUAUGUGAUGCUGGUCAUCAUGAUUUACGGGCCGCUCUACGCAUCGUUAUUCUUGAACCUUGGCCUCUUUGCGUACGUCGUCGUACGCCUCAACAAGGUCUGGGAAGACCGCAGCAACCUUGGGGUCCAGUCUACGCAAGACUUUUCAAGGGCUCUUACCAGGCGAGUUGCUUUCAUUCCCGUGGCUAUUGGCACACACGCAUUGCUCGUGAUUGGCGGCGACUUGCCCAUCACGUACAAGACGACAACAGCCAUGUUUAUGAGCUUUUUUUGCAAUUACAUUGGUUUCUCUUCCUUCACUAUCUGUGUUGCCAUGUGUGCAGCACUCAUCGAUCCAGGGUUCCGCAAGAUCUUGCGCUUGAAUCAUGCAGCUGUUGCAAGAGCUGCAGAGCUAGAGGCAGGAGGCAGAAUAUCUUAUGUUGGAAGCUACAAAUACAUGGAUGGUAAUACGAAACACGCCAGCACCGAUUCACCAGCCGAAAUUGCCAUGAUGCCCACCUCACCCACUUCACCAAACUCUCCAUUCAGCCAGACGAGUUCUUCUGCGUCUACAACGACACGCUCAAGUCGUAAAUGGAUACCAGCAAUCUCAGCACAUGAGCUUCCCGAGUUGGCACCCGCACGAAUGGAUCCACUCCCACAAAUACCAUCACCUAUAGCUCGCAGUCCACAAAUUCCAGCAACCAUUCGCACUUUUGAGUUCAUGGAAUCAGUUGGCUCUAGUUGGGUUACUGCGCCAGUCUUGCCAGGUAGGCAAGAUUCCUUGACAGUAUCAAUGCUUCCUGCUGUGACACUCCUGGCUGCACCGCCUGUAAUGGCUGCGCAGGGACGUAUCUGGGAGCCGAACUUUCCAUCGGCACUCAUGGUAGAAGAUGAGGAACUGGUUGUUCCUGCCAUUCGCCCAGGUGCAUAGGGUCACCGUCAAACAACGACCUAAACACUCAAACUGACCCCUUAUGAACUUUUUGAAUAAAUUUACAGCGAAGGUUUUGCAUCCAUUGAACAACUCAAACUCAAUUACUCUGUAGUGAAUCUCAAUUUCGUCCAAUUCUUGAAAAUACCU